AUGUCUAAAAUCCACGUCCGGUCAUCCGACGCCCCGGCACCCGCGCCAUUUCUCUCCCAGGCCACGGUCGUCGGGAACAUCGUCUUCUGCUCUGGUCAGCUCGGGGUCGACCCCAAGACUGAGAAGAUCGUGGAAGGGAGUGUAAAAGAUCGAAGUCGCCAAAUCAUCGCAAACCUCGGCGCCGUCCUCACAGCGAGCGGGUCUAGCCUCGCUGACGUCGCCAAAGUGAACGUAUUUCUGGCUGACAUGAAGGAUUUCAAGGAUAUGAAUGAUGCUUAUAUGGAGGGGUUUCCGGUCCCGAGGCCGGCCCGGACGUGUGUGGCUGUCAAGACUUUGCCGAUGGGCUCGGAUGUUGAGAUGGAGUGUUCGGCUGUUGUGACGGGGCCGGUCAAGGCGAAGCUGUAA